AUGUCGGUGGUUUCGAGCGCGGCAAGCACAAAGAGCGGGAAGAGCGCAAAGAGCGUGAAAAGCGCAAAAAGCGCCAAGAACAAAGAGGAAGAGGAGGUGGCGAACAAAGUGAAAUUGCUUGUCCGGAAGCGUGGCCAAGCGAUGGCGAAGGUGACCAACACCAAGAAAACCGUCGACACGAUCGGAAACGACCUAACCCCAGCGCAGCUGCUCGUGUUCCAGAAGCAGCUCAACAACUACUACUCGGAGUGGCACUUCUUCCACGACCAGAUACUGGAUCUGGUCGAUGAUGAGCAGGUGCAGGACCACAUGGACAACUGUAACAAAUUCGAGGAGCACUACGCGGUGGUGCUGACCGUCCUGGAGACCGUGUCCCUGGCGCAAGCAGCUCCGGCCCGGCAAGAAGAGAAAGUCGUCUUUCAGCAGCAGCCGCUGAAAGUUCCGAUGCCGAGCUUCGACGGCAAGUACGAGAAUUGGCCGAAAUUUAAGUCGAUGUUUCUCGACCUGAUGAGCCGAUCGCGAGACUCCGACGCAAUCAAGCUGUACCACCUCGACAAGGCUCUCGUUGGAUCAGCUGCCGGCUUCAUCGACGCGAAGACAAUCAACGACAACAACUACGAGCACGCAUGGAACAUGCUGGAGGAGCAAUACGAGAACUUGCGGAUCAUCGUGGAUACCCACAUUCGUGGCCUCCUCAGUCUCAAGAAGAUGACCAAGGAGUCGUACAAGGAGCUGAAAGAGCUACUGGACGAGUGCACGCGGCACGUCGCGAACCUCGAGUACCACGGUCAAGAGCUGACCGGAGUGUCGGAGUUGAUGGUAGUAAAUCUACUGUCGGAAGCCCUGGACAAGGGAACGCGCAAGAAUUGGGAGUCGACGCUCGCUCGCGGUGAGUUGCCAACCUACGAGGACACCGUGGCUUACCUCAAGGCGCAGUGCAACGUGUUGGAGCGGUGCGAGGCUGCAAGUGCGUCGACAAAGAGUCCACAAACAAAAUCUACUGCGGCGCCAAAAACGACGUCGUACAAGUCACACGCGGCCACGACAGCAGAGAAGACAUCCACGCAGUGCGACUUCUGCGCCGGCGAUCACAUUAACUUCAGUUGCCCCGAUUUCGCCAAGCUAUCAACCAACCAGAGAACCGAGAAGGUGAAGGCGCACCGACUGUGUUUCAACUGCCUGCAGAAGGGGCACAGCGCCAAAGAGUGCAGGUCGAAGAACUCUUGCAGAAAGUGUGAGAAGCGCCACCACACGUUGCUGCACUUCGAGAACGCUCAGCCAGCCAGAUCGUCACACGCCCAGUCGGCGCCCAAGCAGGAGGAGUCGAAACCGAACGUGUCACCAAAGCCCGAGUCCGUGGAGCCGCUACCAAGCGGAUCAUCCGCAACGUCGUGUGUUUGCAACCAGCCUCAAGACUCCCAGGUGUUCCUGAUGACAGCCAUCGCGCAGGUAGUGGACAACAGCGGCGUAGAGCAUCAGUGUCGCAUCCUCCUGGACUGCGCCUCGCAGGUUAGCACCAUCCGUGCAGGCCUUGCCGCGAAGCUAGAUCUACCUACAAGAUCGGUGAACACUGUAGUCGUCGGUGUGAACGGUAAGCGCAGCAACAUCACUCACGAGGUAAGCGUAUCCUUGCAAUCCAUGUACGACAAUUUCCGGGCCACUGUGGACUGCCUGGUCAUGGAGGAGGUAACCAGCAAUCUACCAACCGUGCUGGAGGACGUUUCCUCCUGGGAACUUCCAUCCGGGAUUCAGCUGGCGGAUCCCUCGUUCUUCGUCCCUGGGGAGGUGGACCUCCUUCUGGGGGCCAAACACUUCUGGAGUGCCAUGAAGAGUGGCAAACGCAAACUUGGUCCUGGAUUUCCGGAGCUGCGGGAGACACAAUUUGGCUGGGUGGUAGUGGGUGCGGUCCAGCAGUUCUGGAAGAUGGAGCAGGUCCCCGAAAGUCCUACCUUGUCGUCCGAAGAAGAGUCAUGUGAAGAGUUCUACCAGCGUUCCCACAAGCGGGACGGUGCUGGGCGUUACGUCGUUGGUCUGCCGUUCAAAGAAGGUGUGGUUGAGUUGGGUGAGAGUCGUUCAAUGGCAUUGCGACGAUUCUUGUUCCUGGAACGGCGGUUGGAGAAGGAUCCUGAGCUCAAGCACGAGUAUUCGAAGUUCCUGCGGGAAUACGAAGAGUUGGGUCACUGUGAGCUGGUGGAUGAGACUAAGGACAAACCUGGGACCAAGGCCUACUACAUGCCGCACCACGCGGUAUUGCGACCGUCGAGCACCUCAACCAAACUGCGUGUGGUAUUUGACGCAUCCGCCAAGUCUUCGUCUGGAACAUCGUUGAACGAUCUGCUGAUGGUUGGUCCCCGGUUCAAGACAGUCUGUUCGCCAUCCUACUGCGCUUUCGCCUCUGUCCACCACUCGAGCUUCCAACGAAUCUUCUGGCGGGAGAAGCCCGGUGACCCACUCAAGGUGUUUGGUCUGAGCACGGUCACGUACGGAACGGCGUCGGCACCCUUCCUGGCUACUCGCACUCUGGUCCAGCUGGCAGAAGACGAACAGAAAGAGUUUCCCAUCGGCGCUAAAUUACUGAAAGAGAGUUUCUACGUGGACGAUUGUCUGUGUGGAUUCGAGACGUUGGAAGAGGCUGCACAAGCUAUCGACGAGCUCAGGGGAAUCCUUAGCAAAGGUGGGUUUCCCAUUCAUAAGUGGUGUUCAAACUCGCAGCAGCUACUGGAUUUGGUGCCCAAGGACGAGUGGGAGAAGCGAGCGGAGAUACUGCACUCUAGCGUCAAUCAAACCGUGAAGACGUUAGGGUUACUGUGGGAGCCCGAAACCGACCAGUUUCUGUUUCGCUCAAGCAUGGACACAACCUUCGACGAUUGUCCAACCACAAAGCGUCUGAUUUUGUCGACGGUUGCCAGGAUCUUCGACCCACUCGGUUUGAUCUCUCCCGUGAUCGUGGAAGCAAAGUUGCUGAUACAGGACAUCUGGGCAAAGGGCCUGGAUUGGGACCAGCCGGUUCAAGGAAAGUUGCUGCAACGGUGGAUCGAGAUUCGGAGUUCUCUACGUCAAGUGUCGGAGAUAAGCUUCCCACGGUUGGUCAACAGCACAAACGCCGUGCGCAGAGAGCUGCACGGUUUCGCCGACGCUUCCAAGCGAGCCUACGGCGCAAGUGUUUACCUGCGGUGCGUGAACCCCGACGGAUCGGUCACCAUGCACCUGCUGUGCAGCAAAUCCCGGAACGCACCUACACCAGAGAUCACCAUCCCAAAAUUGGAACUCUGUGCCGCGAAGCUUCUGGCGGAACUGAUGGUGAAGGUAAUCGAAGCAGUGAAGAUGGAUUUCGACGACAUCGUCCUCUGGUCUGACAGCCAGAUUGUCCUUGCUUGGUUGAAAAAGGACCUACACCAGCUGUCAGGAUCCUUUGUCAAGAAUCGAGUUGCCGACAUCGUCGCCCUAACAAACCAGUUCACGUGGAAGUACGUCAGAUCGAAGGAGAACCCUGCAGACAUUGUUUCCCGAGGAAAGCCGGCCAGAGAGCUGAAGAAGGACAAUCUCUGGAGCAGCUUUCGAAAACUCCAGAGGGUGUUUGGCUUCGUGCUCCGGUUCGUAGACAACUGCCGCCGCAAGGACAACAGGGUCGUGUCGGACCAUCUGACGAUUGGAGAGCUUCGGCGGUCCCUCAAGGCGUUGGUCCGCUUGGCGCAGCAUACCAGCUCAAUUGGAAGCGACAUCAAGCGGGUGGAGCGAGGUGACCCUUGCAAGCAGGUUCAGUCGCUCAAUCCAUUCAUCGAGGACGGCGUGAUUCGAGUUGGUGGGAGAAUACAAAAAUCAAAACUAUCGUACGAGACCAAACAUCCGAUGAUACUACCUCACAAGCACCCCAUCGUGACAAGCCUCAUCCGAGCACUCCACAAGGAGCAUCUUCACGUGGGCCCGUCCGGGUUGCUCGCGGCCGUCCGCCAGCGGUUCUGGCUGAUCAACGGAAGAUCCGCCGUACGAGAAGUCACGCACAGGUGCAUGACGUGCUUUCGUUCCAACCCGAGUGGAUCGCACCAGCUGAUGGGAAAUCUUCCAGAGUGCCGUGUUGUCCCGUCGGCACCGUUCGAGUCUACCGGGGUAGACUUCGCUGGGCCGGUGUACAUCAAGUACGGAAUUCGGCGUCCCGCCGUCGUGAAAGCUUAUAUCUCCGUGUUCAUCUGUAUGACGACGAGGGCCAUCCACCUAGAGCUGGUUUCCGACUUGACCUCGGAGGCCUUCCUGGCUGCGCUCCGUCGCUUCACGUGCCGCAGAGGAUACCCCCGUCAAAUGCUGUCCGACAACGGUCUGAAUUUCGUUGGCGCCAACAAGGACUUGAAGGAACUGGUGAGGCUCUUCAAGGAGAAACAGACGCUGAAAGAGAUAAACGAGUUCUGUGAGCCACGAGAAAUCGAAUGGAACUUCAUUCCGCCAAGAGCCCCAAACUUUGGUGGAUACUGGGAGGCCGGAGUAAAGAGUGUUAAGACUCACCUCAAACGAGUUCUUGGAAAGACGCCACUCAGCUUCGAAGAGUACGCCACCGUCUUGACGCAGGUGGAGGCGAUCUUAAACUCUCGGCCGCUUUUCGCUCACAGCAGUGACCCAACAGAACCGACUGCCAUAACCCCGGCCAUUUCCUGA